AUGGCGUCACAAACUCAAGGUAUUCAACAGUUAUUAGCGGCCGAAAAGCGUGCUGCUGAAAAAAUUAAUGAAGCUCGUAAACGCAAAGCUCAGCGCCUUAAACAGGCGAAACAGGAAGCUCAAGCUGAAGUCGAAAAAUUGCGUCAAGAACGUGAACGACAAUUUAAAGAAUUCGAACAGAAACAUUUGGGCUCGAAAGAAGAUAUUGAACUGAAAAUCAAACAAGAUACCGAGAAUACGAUUAGGGAAAUGGAAAAAAGAGUAAAUGAGAAUAAGCAACAGGUAAUUGUUCGUCUUUUACAGUUAGUUUGUGAUAUCAGACCGGAAAUGCACAGAAAUCUACAAAUUCAAAAGAAACUUCAUGGAAUGCAUAUUUGA